UUAGUAAAUUUGUCAACGAAGAUGCAAAAUAAAAACUUCCCUUUCAGAAUGUAUAAAGAUGUAUAUUUAUAUAUAUCUUUAACCUCAGUCUCAUUCUACAUUCAAUCUAAAAUGCAUAUAUAACCAACGCAUAUGUAAAUACUUAUGCAUGUGUAAAACGUAUUUCACUCGAUAGUGUUAAUUUUAAAACGGAAACUGUGUGAUCUAUGUAUAUCGAACUGGUUUGUAAUACACCUUUUGUUUUUAACAGUCGUAGAAAAACAAAUUUCGAUCUUCCUGUACAUUAGUUUAAUCAUUUCUAUUCUCAAUUGUGUACCAAUCCUGAGAGUACUCACUCUAAUUUGUUUCGUCUGCGCAUGCGCGUGCCCGUGUAUUCCUGCGUUAUCCGCGCGUUUCUCGGUAAAUCGCGGUCACAAAGUCAGCAGAGCGGAUGCGCAUGCGCGGAUAACAUCGCAACGCGUGGCUUGAGAACGUUAGUCUUUGCUUGUCCACCGCGUCGUGUUGACGCAUGUGCUCUCUGUCUUUUCCUCCUUCUCUGUUAUCUUUUUCUCUCUUCGGUCCUACGGCAAUUGGUGAAAGAUUCGCCCUUCGCAAAAUGGCGGCGCAAGCUACCACCAGAAGAAGACUCAAUGAACACGAGGAGAAAACGAACAGCAGAAACGGGUUAACCUUUCACGGAGACUUCCUAGCUAAUGGCCAUGCCGGUUUACAAAGAAAUGGACGUGUACAGUUUACAGAAAAAGAAACAAAGGCAGAACCGACAAAGUCAAGGUCGAAGGAAUCGUUCGAGAGAGUACCGUUUAUCACGGCGGCAUUGACACACCUUGGUUUUUACAUCCUUAUGUUUCUGGGCUUUAUAAAUCAAUUGUUUUUUACACCGAAAGUUGCGAAAGAAUACAACAGAGAGGGUUACGCACCUCUAUACGAAAAUUUCGAAAGGUUCUAUCUUCGAUAUGUGUACAGAAGAGUGAGAGAUUGCUGGAACAGGCCUAUAUGCUCUGUUCCAGGUUCCACUGUUACGCUUAAAGACAGAAUAACAACGGAUUAUGGAUGGACAUUCCAGUUCACCGGGACAACCAGAAAUUGUAUAAAUUUGGGAUCGUACAACUACCUGGGUUUCGCCGAGGCGACUGGCAAGUGCGCUGAUCAAAGUAUCGAGACUCUGAAAAAAUUUGGUUGUGCUAGUUGUAGUACUCGUCUCGAACUUGGAAACAUGCCCAUUCACGAAGAAUUGGAAACACUGACAGCCAGGUUUCUAGGAGUAGAGGAUGCGAUCGUUUUUGGGAUGGGAUUUGCAACAAAUUCUCUUAAUUUACCUUCGUUAAUAAAUGAAGAUUGCUUAGUAAUCAGCGACGAAAAAAAUCAUGCUUCGUUGAUACUUGGAUUGAGGCUGUCUGGUGCCACUAUUAGAGUGUUCAAGCACAACAAUGUAAAACAUUUAGAGAGUUGCCUGAAAACUGCAGUAGUUUUUGGUCAGCCAGGAUCUGGAAAACCUUGGAAGAAAAUAUUAAUCGUAGUAGAAGGUAUUUAUUCCAUGGAAGGUACCAUUGUCAACUUGCCUCAAAUUUUAGAGCUCAAAAAAAAGUACAAAGCAUAUAUUUAUUUGGACGAAGCGCACAGCACCGGUGCAAUGGGAAAACAUGGAAGAGGUGUUUGCGACUAUUAUGGAAUUGAUCCACGGAACGUGGACAUACUAAUGGGAACUUUCACGAAAAGCUUUGGAUCUGCUGGUGGAUAUAUUGCUGGAACAAAGACACUCAUAAAUCAUUUAAGGAUAUACGGCCACGCUCAUUCCUACGCAGUGGCUAUGUCUCCACCAAUAGCACAACAAAUUAUUACUUCUAUGAGAAUAAUUGCCGGUGAAGAUGGUACGGACGACGGAAGGAAGAGAACGAAGCAGCUAGCGAGAAACACCAGGUACUUCAGGCGCAGACUCAACCAGAUCGGAGUUAUUAUUUAUGGAAACGAAGAUUCGCCUGUUGUACCUAUGCUGGUGUAUUUGUUUUCUAAAAUUGGCGCAGUUGUGCGAACCCUCACAACACAUAACAUAGCUGCGGUCGGUGUUGGAUUUCCAGCGACUCCCUUGAUGGAAGGGAGAAUACGAUUUUGUCUUUCUGCCGCACACACUAAACAGCAGCUCGAUUAUGUGCUGUCACACAUCGAAAGUCUUGCAGAUUUUCUAGGUUUAAGAUAUUCUCGUAAAGUUCGUGAUUUGACACCUAUAGAGUACUAUUCCGAUGGAGAGACCGAAUGACCUACUACCUAAAAAGUGAAUAACCUAGGACGUUCACUUUACUCCAAAGAAGCGCCUUAUACUUCUGUGGAGAGACACUGCCUUGGAAGAACACUACAUGCAUUCUUCUUUUUUAUGUUAUUUCAUUGAUCCAGAAGUUACACUUCUCAAUCAAAGUACAUCACAAAAUAUUAAGAUAUUGAUAAGUAUAGUCGACGAGAGUCUUUUUAUUGUUAUUCAAUAUCAAAUCAAGAGAUUAGCGAUCUCGUAGAUGAAACUGCUUCUUCUUCUUCUUCUUCUUCUUCUUGUUCGGUAUGUAAAAUAAUAAUAGAAGUUCAACAUGAGCCGAUAGUGUUCCAAGGUUUCUAGAACAGUGCACAACGAAUUACAUUAAAUACUAAUGAGGAGAGUCAGGAGUGUGUCAGAGUUCAGUUGGCCCGUGUUUUACGUGCACUAAACUCGUAAAGGCAUAUGCACAUAUCGGUGAUAUAGACUCACACAUAGUUCUGUUUUCAUCUCGGUAGAGAGAAGGUAGAAGUUCGAUAUUUUUUUAACGAAGGAAGGAAGGUAGUCGAACCAGAAUUUUUCUAUGGAUAGUCGAGGCUCUUUAACGCAUUUUGCUGCACCGACGCACUGCCGCAAUUACAUUUAUUUCGUAUCGAGGUUUUCAAUCCUUUUGCUGUGGCAAACGUUACAUAGGCAGUAGCGCGUCGUGUGCAACGACCCAGAGCUUCGUAGAAUUCUCUACAUGGGUAUAUAGUAUUCUUCGAUAAAUGCUAAGAAAUCUUCAUAGUACAGUGAACAUUUAUAAAAAGGAGGUACUUGAAGCAUUCAACAGAAAGUAUUUAUUGCGUACAACAGAUAGAUACGACGAAAGUUAUCGCUAAGAAAAUCACCGAUUGUCACAGCAUAAGAUUCAAGUUAGAAACGAAAAUUGCGAACAUGUUUUCUGGUUUGAAAACAAUGCAAAUUAGUACAAUGCCUUUAUUAAAUUAGAUUAUAUAUUUAAUUUUUUUUUUUUUUAAUAAUUAUAUAUAUUCCAUUUUGGCAUCGUUUAUAUACAUAUAUAAAUAUUUUUUCGUUUUACAUUAAACAAUUUUUCAGCACAAGUAUUAUAAGCAUUAUUUUUUCAGUUAGGAUGUUUUUAUAAAACGAACUAUUUAUUCAUAAGAAAAAGAAUUAAAUGUGCAUUUUAUUUUGAAAAAAUUACUAAAAAGUUUGAUUUAUACUAAUCGAUAACGUGCGUCUAAUUUCCAUUUACACGAAAAUAGAGUGAAUUAAUCAUAAUUAAAUGCAACGUUACGAAUUCAACAUAUUCAGAUUAUAGUAAAAUUUAGAUUACCAUUAGAUAACUAUAUUAAAAUUAAAUUUUACUAUAAACGAAACGAAUUUUUAUCUGCGAUUGAUUUA